AUGGGAAGUCACACAGAGGAGCGUGUGCAGGAGAAAAUCUAUGACUUUAUUCGCAAGUUUGUCCUCUGCCGUAACUGUAGAAAUCCCGAAACGCAACUUGUGGUCGAAACCAACAAGAAAACUCCAUACAUUAGCAUGUCAUGCGGCGCAUGUGGUAAAGUGAUGAAAAUAAGUGAUCUCGAAACACGCUAUGUGACUGCCAUUGUCACGUAUUUUGCCAAGAAUCCGCACCUGGCAGCGAAGAAAGGUGCUGGUACAGCCCAGGCCCGUGCUGGUGAUAAAACUCAUCAGGCAGCAGCCGCUGCGGCCGCAGCGGCUGCAGUUCCGGCUGAAACUACAAAGAAACAAAUUCAACGAUCAGAUGUUGAGGAAACACGUGAGCCACCGCAGAAAUUACUUGCGAGUUACAUUCAGAAGCACCCGGAUGAAAGUGAUGGAGUUUUGCGAUGCUGCAUGGAUCUCAUGAGGGAUUACAACCUAAAGGAGAAAAUGGGCCCUCUUCUUGUGCUUGAUGGCAUUGAACUUGCAGAAAAGGAAUUUAUGGCCGGUUUACGCCGUCAUUCACUGCUGCUAAAACGUUUCUGCCGAGUUGCUGGCACCGCUUUGCCAGACGCCGCCACCGACGAGACGACCAAGACAGAAAUCCUGAGGCGUGAAAAUCGGCUGCAGUCGGCCACUGUUGAGGAGUGCGCUCGUAUCUGUUCAAGGCGGUACAAGCCGGACCAGAUGGUGGUGAUUCUGUUUGUCCUCUUCAUUGAGGGGAUCCUCAAGAGUACAACCAUUGAGGAGUGGGGUAACGAUGAGAAUCCCGUUUCCAAAAUUGAUCCAGCCAUUGACAAGGAAAUGAAAGAAGCUGCAAAGCCACUCAUCGACUGGCUUGCAUCAUGA